CUCAAACGCAAUUUCACAUUUUAAUUGUAUUUGAAUCUUAAAGUGAAUUUGAGCUAAAAUGAAUAUUUUAUUAUCUUUAUUGUGUGUGAUUUUGGUCGUUGACUAUGCAGACUUUGCUCAGCAAGCACCAAAAUCUCGUAAACAUAAAAUUGCAAAAUGUUUUCCAGUUAGUACAACAACCUCUACAACAGCAUCUUGGUCAUCGAAUUAUGAUCUACAACAAGUAGUUACGAAAAUAUUUUUAGAUACUGCACCUCAAUUAACUCAAACACAACUUCAAGAAAUUAUGAAGGCACUACAAAACAUGAACACAUAUACACAAUACUGGACCGCAUCUCAGGUUUUUGAGAUUUCAAAACGAAACUCUUUAAUUGUCCAAGAAAAUAUGGUCGCACAAAAUACAUGCUUAUCAGCAAACAUGAUCUUUUCGCAUGAAGUUAAAGAAGAAAUGAUUAAAUAUACAAAGGAACUAAAUCCAAAUAUGAGUAUGGAAGAUAUCUUAGGAGAGAUUAGUGUCGUUGAAGAAAUCGGUACUGCUUGUAUGAGAUACCUGACUCUUGAACAAUACAAACAGCUUAGAGGAGAAGUUGUAUUAGCGUUUGCAAAUGCAUCAACUACUCCCUGUUCAACAGCAUCCACCACAACUGCAUUGUCUAGCUCGAGUUCUGAGCAUAAUCAUGGCUAGUUUGAAACUAGUUCAUAUCCAGAAUUUUUUAAUUCCAACUCAAACUUUGUUUCAGACAAUUUAAUUCCAAUUUGUAACUUACAAGUUACUCAAAGUCCAAAAUAAAGGAUCAUCU